AUGUAUCAACAAUUGUGCAAUGAACACGAGCUAUUAUUAGAUCUAUAUGGAUCUGAAGAAUCAUUUCAUGUUUACCGUGGGCAACCGGAUGCAGAUAUUCAAUCAAUUCUAUUUGAUAUUGAAGUUAAAAAUGAAAAUGAUUCAAAAUUCCAGCGAAAACCAUUUGCUGAUGUAAAUGACAUUUGUUAUGAUUCAUCACAGUAUUUUUGGAUUUUCAAAAUAUCUGUUAUUAAUGAAAUUGAAUAUAGUUCAUCAGGAAUUAUUGAGGAAUAUAAAUUUCUACUUGCAUCGAAAUCUAUUGAAACCAAACUUCUUCAAAUGGACAAUUUUUUAUAUGAAUAUGAAAGUUCAGAUUAUAAUAUAUUACAUAAAUCCAAGGCAGAACAAUGCUACAAUGCUCUGUUAAAUGUGAUAUCACCAUCCAAUACCUUAUUUCUUACUUGCAAUGGUGGUCUAGCAUGGGAUACAUUAAAAACAUUAAUUAAACUGUCUGGUAUAAAAGAGCCUGAAAAUAUUUAUAUAAUUAACACUUUUGGUAUUGUAGCUAAUACUGGUACUAAAAAUUGUUGGUUGAAACUUGCUCAAGGACGCUGUACCAUACACAAUAUACAUGAAGAAAUAAAUAAUACAAAAGCAUUCCUUGAUAUCACUUUAAAAGAUUUACCAGUCAAUUAUUAUGCGAUUGCUCUUGGUUAUGAAAAGUUAGGUCGAGUUUGUACAUCAAAUAACGAAAUGCUUAAAAUGGACAACGGUUUUGAGUUAGCAGUCGAAUGUUACAAUAUGUCAGCUGGGGUAUACUAA